AUGAAUAGAAUUUUCAAUAAUUCUCAGAAACUUUUAAAACAACGUAGUCGAGAUCAGUUAGUGCUCAUCUGUCAAUACUACAAUAUGAUCAUUGUAGUCGUUUCAAUACUAUUAUUAUUAUAUAUUAUAUAUGAAUUGUACAAAGAUAGAAUCAAAUACAAAGCUGCCAAGAAAUCGGAAUCGGAUUCAUCACUGAUAACCUCACUCGGUUGA